AUGAAUGCAAAGGUAUAUCUACAGUCUUACGGCUGGAAUGAAGGAGAAGCUUUGCAGAAAGGUGGAUUGAAAAAACCAAUUUUAGUCAAACAUAAAAAGGAUACUAAAGGACUAGGGCAUGAUUCAAAUAAUGCAGAUAUGUGGUGGGAAAGACUAUUUGAUGGACAAUUGAAAAAUUUACAAGUUGAAAACAAUAAAGAAAAUGGUAAAGUUUCAUUCAAACAAGAUAAUGAAGCAGUUUUGAAAAAAAUAAAUAAAGACAUGUCUCCCCUAUAUAGAAUGUUUGUUAAAGGUGAAGGAUUACAAGGUACUGUGGGAAAAACAGAACAUGUGAAAGAGGGGCAUGUUGUAAAUUUGACCGAGCAAGCAGCUAAAGAUAUUGAGAAGUUGACAAAUAAUUUGAAACCCAAGAACGGAGCGGAGGAGAAGAUUAAGAGUAAGAAAAGCAAAGACAAAUCAAAGAUAUCUGAAGAGAAGAGUAUGAAAGAGAAAUCAGAUAGUAGAAAAGAGAGGAAGGAAAAGAAGAGGAGCGAGAGAAAGAAACAUAAAGAGGAGAAGAAGAAGAUUCACAGGAGUAAGGACGAAAAAUCGAUUGAAUCAAAUGGUUUUGCCGAAUCUUGUUUAAAACCCAAGAAUCAAGAUAAAGAGGUGAACAAGUCGAGCAAAGACAAGACAGACUUGAGCGAUGUGGAAAUACCGAAUGAAGACCAUAGCAUUCUACGAAAGCGGAAAAAAGAUGGCGAAAAAAAGAAAGAUAAGACGAAGUCCAAGAAAAUGAAGAAGAUUAGAACAUGA